AUGGGACAAGGCCAGCAAGCUGUGCCUUGGGAGAGGAGGUGGGAGCAUGAGUACAUUUGCUUGGAAAAUAAGCAUUCUUGCAAGGAGCUGAUGGAGGAGAUGAAGAGCCCCAGCCCAGGGCUCACCGGCCUGAAGAAUCUGGGCAACACCUGCUACAUGAACACGAUUUUGCAGUGCCUCUGCAGUGUGCCACCACUUAUGGGCUAUUUCCUCUCAGAAGAUUACAAAGCAGACCUAGACAAGGAGAAUGAUGAGUCUGUGAAUGCCUUUGGCUGUUUGAUGUACGAUAUGUGGUUUGGAGAGCUCGACUGUGUUUCCCCACACCUGUUUUACUCAGUCUUUCGGAAGCGGUACUCCACCUUUGGUGAAAAGACUCAGCAGGACGCACAGGAGUUUCUGCUCUGUGUGCUGAAUGAGCUCCAUGAGGCUCUCAAGAAGUCAUGCAAAAGAAGAUGUGCAAUUAAUGCAGGAGCAAGUGGAGGGAGUAAAACAUCUGUGAUCACAGAGUUAUUUGAGGGGCAGCUCCGUUACCGUAUCGUCUGUCUGGACUGUGAGACCACCACCGACAGAUCCGAGAGCUUCACCGUUCUGUCCCUGCCCAUCCCUUCAAAGGACGCCUGCUCCCUGCAGGACUGUCUCAACUGCUUCUUCCAGCAGGAUACACUGACUUCCAACAACCAAGUCUACUGCUAUCGGUGUGGAACAACAAAAGAUGCUGCAGUGAAGGCCACCAUAACCAAGGCACCACAGGUCAUUGUUUUUCACCUGAAAAGGUUUGAAUGGCAAGGCAAAAACAAAGGCAAACUCUCAACUGACAUCUGCUACCCCCUCAGCAACCUGGAUCUCUCUGCUUACACUUCCCAGCUUUGCUCCAAGGAUGUGGAGUACAGUUUGUGUGCUGUAGUGGUGAGUUUUGCCUUUCCUGCUUUUGAUGCCCUUCCUCAGGGAGCAGAUGAAGCCUGUGUUAGUUUGGAUUUGAUAGACAUCAUUUAUAUAUUUUAUAGAUAUGUUUCUAGUACCUUUAACCACUCUGGGUUUCUGGAUGAUGGCCACUACACGGCCUUCUGCAAGAACUCCAUCACCAGGAACUGGUACAACUUUGAUGACACACGGAUCACUGAGAUCCCACCCUCCUCAGUGCAGACGAGCGCAGCUUAUCUCCUCUUCUAUAUCAGGCAGUGA